UGCCCUUAUGAGGAGGGACACAGAGACACAGAGUAACAGGUCACCAUUUUCACAGGAACGCUAUGUCAACCAAAGUGUAGUGUGGUGGAGAGUUCCGGUGAUCCAAACCCAGUGAGGACAGUGUUGGGGAACAUGUGACAGAAUGUUCGACUAUGGAAGCGGCGGCUCUUCUGUUAACGGCUAACGGUGUUCGUUACGUCUGCGGCUCUGCUAGCUAACACCGCCCGGCUCAGGGUGAGCGGUGUCGGACUACGAGGACCCACCGACCAACGCUGACUCGGAGAAGUCGAGCAGCCACGGGACAACGGAAAUAAAAACAGAGUAAGUGGAUGUUUGGCAUUAGCAGCACAUGGCCUGCAUUCUGCUGACAGACAUGGACUUUUCUGCCUCCUGUCCAUCAGCAAAUCAAAACGGCCUCCCCCCAAACCCUGAUCCAGCCACUGGUCUUGACACCAAGGACACUGCUGCCCCCUGCUUAACCGUCCACCUUUACUGCCUGGGGAAGAAUGGAGGAGGAGGAGGUGGAGACAAUGGUGGAUCACAAAGUGCACUCACGUUUCCACCUGGAGAGUAUGUCGCAGAGGAACUGUGCAUCAGUGCAGCAAAAGCAUGUGGGAUUGCUCCGGUUUACUGCAGUUUAUUCAGCCUGAUGAGGGAAAGUGACCGGACGUGGUUUCCUCCGAAUCACAUCUUCAAAGUUCACCAGUCGGCCAAUGAGAUCUUGCACUUCAGAAUUAGGUUCUAUUUUCCUGGCUGGUAUAACAGCGGUAAUUCUUUCUAUGCACAUCGCUGCGGUGUGUCCAAGGGGAUGGAGACCCCUGUGAUGGAUGACUGUGUCAUGGUGUACCAGUUUUUUCAGUGGCGUAGUGAUUUUCUGACUGGCUGGGUCCAGAUUCCCAUAAACCAUGAGGCCCAGGAGGAGUGUCUGGGCAUGGCAGUGUUAGACAUGAUGAGGCUAGCCAAAGAGAGUGGCCAGUCCCCUGUGGACAUCUACAAUUUUAACAGCUAUAAGUCCUUCCUACCACGGUCCAUGAGAAACCGCAUUCAGGAAUAUAACAUCUUGACACGGAAAAGGAUCCGCUAUCGCUUCAGGAGGUUCAUCCAGCAGUUCAGUGAAUGCAAGGCCACAGUGUGUAACCUCAAACUGAAAUACCUGAUGAGCCUGGAGAUGCUGCUGCCCUCCCUCUACUCAGAGCGCUUCCAAGUCACUGACCUCUCUGCACGGGAGGUUACCAUUGUUGUCAAGGGUGACAAAGGCAUCCAGUGGUCAACAGUAAAAGAAGGAGAGAGUUCAGAGGAGGGGCUGCAGAUUUAUUGUGACUUUCAAGCGGUGAUUGACAUUAGCAUUAAACAGGCCAAUAAGGAGGGCUCAGUGGAGAGCCGUAUAGUUACACUCACCACACAGGACAACAAGGUCCUGGAACUAGAGUUUCACUCUCUCUCAGAAGCUUUGUCUUUUGUAUCAUUAGUUGAUGGGUAUUACAGACUGGUCUCAGAUGCCCAUCACUAUUUGUGUAAAGAGGUGGCUCCCCCAAGGCUUCUGGAAUGCAUUCAGAGCUACUGCCAUGGCCCUGUGUCGAUGGAGUUCACAAUUGGUAAACUGCGUCACUCUGGUAACCAUCAGGGCUUGUACAUCCUUCGGUGCAGCCCCAGGGACUAUGAUAAAUACUUCAUGUCAUUUGUGGUGGGGUAUGAAGCUAUGGUGGACUAUAAACACUGUCAGAUUGUGAGGACAGAGUCAGGAGAAUACAUCCUAAGUGGUGCCAAGAGGAGGUUCGGCUCAUUGAAGGAACUUCUGAACUGCUACCAAAAGGAGGCUCUCCGCACUGAGGGAUACACCUUCCAGCUGACCAAGUGCUGUGCCCCCAGCCCGAAAGACAAAUCCAACCUGUUGGUGAGUCGGAAUAACCAAGGAGCAGAUGUUCCGCUGUCUCCUUCUCUGCACAAACACAACAUCAGCCAGAUGGUCUUCCACAAAAUUCGAAAGGAAGACCUCGUCAUCAGUGAGAGUCUGGGCCAAGGAACAUUCACCAAGAUCUUCUGUGGUGUGAGGAAGGAGCUCAGAGACUAUGGAGAGGUUCAUCAGAUUGAUGUUGUCAUCAAGAUCCUCGAUAAGGCUCAACGCAACUAUUCAGAGUCAUUCUAUGAAGCAGCCAGUAUGAUGAGCCAACUGUCCCACAUGCAUCUUCUCCUCAUCUACGGUGUUUGUGUUUGUGGAGAUGAAAACAUGAUGGUGCAGGAGUAUAGUAAAUUUGGCUCACUGGACACCUACUUGAAGAAGAAUAAAGGUUGUAUCAAUAUCACAUGGAAACUGGAAGUGGCAAAGCAACUGGCAUGGGCCAUGCACUACCUGGAGGAUAAGAACCUCAUUCAUGGAAAUGUUUGUGCCAAGAACGUUCUUUUGAUCAGAGAGGAGGAUCGGAAAACAGGCAGCCUGCCCUUCAUCAAGCUCAGUGACCCAGGAAUCAGCAUCACUGUGCUGCCCAAAGAAGUUCUGGUGGAGCGUAUCCCAUGGGUGCCCCCAGAGUGCAUUGAAAACCCCCACAACCUAAGUUUAGCCACAGACAAGUGGGGUUUUGGGACCACCCUUUGGGAAAUCUGCAGUGGUGGUGACAAACCACUGAGUACCCUGGACUGCUCCAAGAAGAACCUGUUUUAUGAGGACAGACAUCAGCUGCCGGCUCCUAAGUGGACAGAGCUGGCCAACUUGAUAAACAGCUGUAUGGACUAUGAGCCGUCACACCGGCCGUCCUUCAGAGCAGUUAUCAGAGACCUUAACAGUCUGUUUACACCAGACUAUGAGCUGCUGGUGGAGAGUGACAUGGUGCCAAAUAGGACACGAGGUUUUGGCUUUCCGUGGGCCUCUGAGAGCCAGGAACCUGCCCAGUUUGAAGAAAGGCACCUCAUCUUUCUGAAGCAGCUGGGCAAAGGCAACUUUGGGAGCGUGGAGAUGUGCAGGUAUGACCCCCUGCAGGACAGCACAGGCGAGGUGGUGGCGGUGAAGAAACUACAGCACAGCACAGCGGAGCACCUUAGGGACUUUGAGCGGGAGAUCGAGAUCCUCAAGUCCCUCCAGCACGAAAACAUUGUCAAAUACAAAGGCGUAUGUUACAGUGCAGGACGAAGGAACCUGCGGCUGAUUAUGGAAUAUCUCCCCUAUGGCAGCCUCAGAGAUUACCUCAUCAAAAACAAAGACCACUUUGACUCAUUGAAACUCCUGCACUAUGCCUCACAAAUCUGCAAGGGUAUGGACUACCUUGCCAAUAAACGUUACAUCCACAGAGACCUGGCCACCAGAAACAUUCUGGUUGAAAGUGAGAUGAGGGUGAAGAUUGGAGAUUUUGGCCUGACCAAAGUGUUACCGCAGGACAAAGAGUACUACACUGUCAAAGAGCCAGGGGAGAGCCCUAUCUUUUGGUAUGCGCCUGAGUCGCUGACAGAGAGCAAGUUUUCAGUGGCAUCAGAUGUGUGGAGUUUUGGCGUCGUCCUCUAUGAGCUCUUCACCUACAGUGACAAGAACUGCAGCCCACCAGCGGUGUUUAUGGAAAAGAUGGGAAAGGAAAAGCAGGGCCAGAUGAUCGUCUACCAUUUGAUAGACCUGCUUAAGCAAGGAUAUAGGUUGCCUCCGCCUGAUAAUUGUCCAAAAGAGAUUCACAAGAUUAUGACUGAGUGCUGGAGCAGUGACCCCAAACUGCGACCUACAUUCAAGACGUUAAUUCACAGUGUGGAAACUGUACGAGGCAGCAAGGAUGGAUGAGUGGUGUUGAUCCCUGAACCUUUGACCUUUAAGUGUCAGUCCUUACAUAUCUUCACCAAACAGGACAAUGAAGGUCUCUGAGCCAUCUGGGUUUCCUGCAAUGAAUAUCAAGUAUGCUUGGUUUCGUGUGUGUGUGUGUGUGUGUGUGUGUGUGCACUAUGUUGCUCGACUGUCAGUUUUUAUAUUUUACAGCAGUAUAGGGAUUACAACAGGACACCUACAUUUUUCUAUGUCCAUAUUCAGAAUACACACAAUCUGAAUAAUUAGCACACUACAUCAGUCUCAGAAACUUUUUUUAAUCACCUUUAACAAUUCAACCUUCAACCCCAUUUCUUUAUGAAGUAGAUUAUUUGUAUGUAGUGCUCUACAGGCAUAACAGUUUGAAAUAGACUGUGGAAAAUUCAAGAUUCUGUGAACCUUUUAAUGACUCGUUUAAAGUGUUAAACUCAAAUGUUUUGCUCUUAUUUUGUGCAAAAACAGCCCAAAAGGCCAAAUCUGGCAUCUGGUCACAACUAAAUGUUUGUCUUGCUAUUGAGUGUUUUUUUUUUUUUUUUUACCUUUGGACCCACUGUGAACAUGUCACAGUGAGUGGCAGUUUGACAGAUGGAUCAGUGCAACAUCAGCACUGCCCUGCUGUGGUGAAGAGGAAACUCAGCUGAAAGAUGAAGCUCUGGAGUUAAAGAUUGAGAUCUAAGUUUGUACUGUCACCUUUGGACAUGAGCUGUGGGUAGUGACUGAAAGAAUGUGAAUGUGGUGGGGGGGUGGGGUUGGGGGUCUGGGCCAAGGAACCUGGGCAGCAGGAACUGGAUGGAGUUGUUUAUUGCACAUUAAGGAUGCAGUUUAUUUUUAUGAAACGCUGAAAUACAUCAGUAGCAACAGCCAGUCUUCAAACUUUAAGUACCACACCAGUGUUUUAUCAUAGUUAGGUUCUAAUAAUACCUAAGUCUAAUACCAGACUCUUGAAGUCUUGCAUUAAAUAAUCAUCAGUAUUUAGAGCUUUGGGAAUAAUUAUUACACCACCGGGACAAAGUGGUGAAAACUCAACAUUUGUCAUUAAUGUGACUUUCAAAGCCAUCAGUUUUUUUCUAGUGCAUAAAUAUAAGUCAAAAAUCUGGCGCAAACACACAAGAAAUGCUUGCUUACAAUUUUAAUAAA